UUGUAUUCCUCAUGAGAAUUUGCAGUAUUUGACGUCCCACUCAUCCAACACUCAUCUAAACAGUGACUGUUUCUCCGUGGGUCUUACCUGGCAGCGCAAUAAAGGUCGAUAAACAGCAGCAGAUCAGAGCAGAGGACAUCUCAUGUUUCAUGUUUCCUUACAGCAGCAUCAGUGUGACAGUACAAGUAUGAUUCAGGCAAGGACAAUGAGUUUGGAAGAGCAAAUCAGGGACCUCUCACCAGUUGCAGCAUCUACCCUUGCAAGAGCUGGAAUUAAAGAGGACAUUGAUAUUCAAGAGUUAACAAGAGAUGAUCUGAACGAACUUCUGCCAGGCCUUGAGCAUUUCAAACUUAGGAAGAAGAUCAGUGAACUUCUAACCCAAUCUAAACAGGACACAGCUAAACCUAUCGAUUUAAUUCUUAACGGGUUUAGGGAAUUCCUUCCAGCUGUUGUCAUGAAGAAUGCACUUGUUCCUGGGGGGGUGUUACAUGGCUACGUCCCUAUUCUUAAAGAUUUGGAGAAGCAGCUGGCCAAAGCCCUGCACUUCAUUCAGGCACACGUUGAACUGCUUGAGAGCUACAAUGAAGAAGAGCCCAUGGAGGCUGAGGGCAAUGCUGUGUUCCCAUCAGCUGACUCUGCUACAGCAGGAAACCAGCUAUCCAAUGUUGCAGCCUUAGGUGCUGUAGAGGCCCACCCCAAACGAUCAAGAAGAGAUGUGCCACUUAGCAGAACAGGCAAGACUACAAGGAAAUCCCACCUCAUACUUCAGGAGCAGCUGGAAUAACAUAUGCUCCUCCAAGUACCACUGAUAGUGUGCAGUUCAGGUCACGAGGCAAACUGGAGACCUCAAAAUCAUACCUUCCAUACACUUCAGGAGCAGCUGCUGUUGAGCCAUCUGCAACAUCCUACAAAGAUAGGUCCUCAUCCGUAGCUGGUAGCAUCCAGGCCCCAAAAGAAAAGGAAGGAAAAGAACCUGGAAGUUGGUGGAAGAACAUCAUUCCUUUCAGUGGAUUCGGAGGAAAUGAAACAAAAAAAUUGCCUGGUGAGAUUCUUGAGAUAUGCUUUGUACUAAUC